AGCACUCAGCCGCUGCGAAGACGGGGGGCUGCUUCCCUGGGCGGGCGCUGGCGACGCUGGAGGAUGGUGCCAGGAUGCCGCUGUGGGCUCUGCGCCCAGGCCAGCGGGUGCUGGCGAUGGACGGGGCAGGCAGACCCACUUACAGUGACUUCUUGGCUUUCUUGGACAAGGAGCCCCGUGCUCUCACCUCCUUCCACGUCAUCGAGACACGGGAGCCGCCCCGGCGCCUGGCCCUGACGCCCACCCACCUGCUCUUCGUGGCUGAGAAUGCCUCGGCACCCGCUGCCCGCUUCCGCCCCACCUUCGCCAGCCAUGUGCGCCCCGGACAUUUCGUGCUGGUGGCAGUGGCAGAGGGUGGCUGGCAGCCCGCUGAGGUGGUGGGGGUGCGGGACCGGAGGGACAUGGGAGCCUAUGCCCCGCUGACACGCCACGGGACACUGGUGGUGGACGGUGUGGUGGCCUCAUGCUUCGCCCUGGUGCAGGAGCAACAUCUGGCGCAGCUGGCCUUCUGGCCGCUCCGGCUCUACCACAGCCUGGUGGGGUGGCCAGGGGUGCAGGGGGAUGGUGUGCACUGGUACUCGGGGCUGCUCUACCGCCUAGGCCAGCUGCUUCUGCCCCCUGACAGCUUCCACCCGCUGGGGGUACCCCGGGCAGAGAGCGGAGGGUGCGCCUCGGCCAUGGCCGGCGCUGCUGGCAGAG